AUAUGUUACGUCAGGAUAUGUAAAUGUCGAGAUGUCUGCAGAUCACAGUGACAGAUAUGUAUUUGAAGCUGAGUGGUAUGACAAAGUCGCUUGUAUACUGAAGAAAUUUUAUCUGUAUUAUUAUCCAUCUGAUAAUACUGUCGAAUUGUUUGAUUUAAAAACAAGGAAAACAUUCCUAAGAAGAACAACAUGUGAGGGCAUUAAAGCUAAAGAUUUUUAUGUUGGUUCUGUAAUAACAAUAUUUUCAAGAUGCAUUAAAAUUACGGAUUACGCAGAUGCCUGUACCAAAACAAAAUUAGAAACGCAACUACAAAAAGUUUUUGUACUUUUGAAACCAGAUGUUAUUGACAAAAUGGGUGAAAUAUUAAAAAUGAUUAUAAAUUGUGAUUUUCAUAUUACAAAUUUAAAAAUGAUAAGAUUAACUGCAGAUGAUAUUGCAGAAAGUUGUUUUAUAGAAAAAGACGUAGUGGAUAAGACGUCUGUUAUAAAUUAUCUUAUUUCUGGCCCUGUCGUUGCUUUAGAAUUAUUAGGAGGAAAUGGUAUAACAAGAUGGCAAGAAUUAGCUGGCCCAGAAGAUAGUAAUCAUGCUCGUUUAACAGCAGCAUCUUCAUUAAGAGCUCGUUAUGGAAAAGAUGAGAUACAUAAUGCUGUAUAUGGAUCCAAAGAUUCUGAAACUGUAAUGCAGGAAUUGCAAUAUUUCUUUCCUAACUCAAAAAGUAAAAAUAAAGGUCCUAAAAACACUGCAACUCUACAAAAUUGCUAUAUAUAUAUAUAUUUUUAAUUUUACAUUUAUGAUAUAGGAGCAAUUAUUGAUGACAUUCAAAAAGCCGAUUAUACGAUUACCGCUGCACAACAAUUUCAUGUCAAUCCAAUUAAUUCUGAGGAGUUUUUAGAAAUAUAUAAAAGUGUUCUUCCUGAAUAUACUGCAAUGGUAGCAGAAUUACAAUCUGGUCCAUGCAUCGUUCUAGAAGUGAACUGUAAAAACGAGAGCCCUAACAUAGUUGCUGAUUUCAGGAAUUUAUGCGGUCCAAUGGAUCCGAACAUUGCGCGACAAAUCAGACCGAAUACGCUUAGAGCCAAGUAUGGAAAAACGAAAAUACUAAACGCUAUACAUUGUUCUGACUUGCCAGAAGACGGAAUAUUAGAGGUGGAAUAUUUCUUCAAGAUACUCGACGGAAUCUGAACGACCA